UAUUUUGUUUUUAAUGUAGUUUUAAAAUUUUUGCGUUAUGGAGCAACUACGAGUCAUAUGACAUCCUUCCUCGUUCCUCGUAUGCAAAUGAUCCAUCGCUUGGUAUUUUCAGAUGCACUGUGACGGGAUUCAUUCAUUCAGACAUGAGACUGAUCAACACUGCUCUGCUCUUCCUCCUCCUCAUCCUCAGCUGUAAUGCACUGGGGCUCAAACCACAGCUCUUAGGCAGACACACAGCCCAAACCAACUCUCAGCACACAUCUGUCUCGUACAAAACUUUCUAUUUUGAUCAACAGAUUGACCAUUUUGGCUUUUUGGAGAAUGGCACAUUCAAACAGAGGUAUCUUCUUAAUGACCAGCACUGGCACAAGGAAGGAGGCCCGAUCCUGUUUUACACGGGCAAUGAAGGAGACAUCACAUGGUUCUGUAACAACACUGGUUUCAUGUGGGAUGUAGCAGAAGAGCUGAAAGCCUUGCUGGUUUUUGCUGAACAUCGCUACUAUGGAGAGUCCAUGCCGUUCGGCGAAGAGUCUUACAGCAAUGCAAAGUAUCUGAACUACCUGACCUCAGAACAGGCUUUAGCUGACUUUGCAGUGCUCAUCAAAGCUCUGAAAAAAACCCUGCCUGGAGCUCAGAAUAAUUCAGUCAUCGCCAUUGGCGGCUCCUACGGCGGGAUGCUGGCGACUUGGCUGAGGAUGAAGUAUCCCAGUGCAGUUGUAGGUGCUCUUGCCGCGUCCGCUCCCAUCUGGCAGUUCAUUGUGCCGUGUGGAGAGUUUUACAAAGUGGUCACCCAUGACUUCACCAUCAGUGGCACCAACUGUAGCAGCAACAUCAGGAGGUCAUGGGCGGCUAUUGACAGGGUCUCAGCAACAGGUGAGGGUCUGCAGUGGCUGUCUCAGGAGUUUGGACUGUGUAAUCCUUUAAAGACUCCAGACGAAGUGUAUGGCUUCAAGGCUUGGCUGCAGGAAACCUGGGUGAACUUAGCCAUGGUGGAUUAUCCAUAUGAAGCUAACUUCCUCCAACCACUUCCAGCCUGGCCUGUUAAGGUGAUCUGCAAAAAUCUUCAUUUUAAUACCGGUGUAUCGGACGAACAGCUGUUGAAUGGUAUCUCUCAAGCCGUAAGGGUGUACUACAAUUACACGGGAGAUGCAGUCUGUCUCAACACCUCACAAACCGCUACUGGGAAUCUGGGCUUCCUUGGUUGGUUCUACCAGAGCUGUACAGAGAUGGUAAUGCCAAUGUGCACCGACGGCGUCGCUGACAUGUUUGAGCCACAGCCAUGGAACUUCCAGGCUUUCUCCGACGAGUGCUACAACCAGUUUGGAGUGCGGCCACGGGAAGACUGGGCAGAAAUUGUGUACGGUGGGAGAAACAUAAGUGCUCACAGCAACAUCAUCUUCAGUAAUGGAAAUCUUGAUCCAUGGAUGAGUGGUGGAGUGACCAGAAGUCUUUCAGAAUCUCUGGUUGCCAUUAUGAUCGAUGGAGGUGCUCACCACCUCGAUCUGCGCUACAACAGCGAGUUUGACCCAGAGUCAGUUAUCAAAACACGGGCGCUAGAAGUACGCUACUUCAAGCAGUGGAUCAAACAGGCAGCAACUACCCAAUGAUAUGGAAUCAUUGAUAUGAAACAAAGACAGUAAGAGAAACAAAAUGAACUAUGUCUGUUUGCUAUGUGCCAGAGUUAGUGGUUUCUUCCUUGGUACUUAACUGAAAAAAAGUUUUUUUGGGGUCAUGGUUGAUCAUAAUGUUUUAGGGUUUUUUGGUGCAAAAUAAGAAUGUUCAGUAGGUUUUUCUGAGAAAAUUGAGGAACUGAAAGUGUCAGAAAACACCAAAUGCAAAACCACUCAGGGGAAGUGUCCUUUGCCAAAGUCUCAAUGUUUAAUUGUAGUUAUAAAAAUCAUACGUUCACAGCUAUGGUUAUUAACUAAAGUAUGCUACAUUUUAAAGGGGAUAGUUCAAAGUUCUCAUUCAUUUACCUUCAUUUCCUUUUAAACUUACCUGAUUUUUUUUUCUUCCAUGAAAAAAAGUCCAUAUGACUUGUGUACCAUAUUUGCUGUUCUGCAUUUUUCUAAUGUUAUGUGUUGUGAUUGGUUACUAGACAUGCAAGAACCAUCUUAGCAUUUGAAAACCACAGUAAAGCGGUGAAAGCAAAUUUAUAUUUUGAUAUGUUUUCAACUAUUCCUUUUAUUUAAUUGAAACACAUUUUAGGGAAAAAAUUCUACUACUUAGAACUCAACCAGUUUGAAAUAGUCACUGAAAUUAGCUGGAUCUAAUAUCAGUGAUUAUAUUAUUUUAAUUGUCUAUACAUAAUCACCACAAGUCUUCAGUUUUCUGAACAAACUGUGUACUCUUCUGGUUGUACUAUUGUUAUUUUCUUAAUUUUGCACACUUUUUUUUAAAUGGAAACAAUGAUGAAUGAAUAACAGAAUAAAUGCACAUGAAUGGAA